AUGUAUGACAAUGCAAUCCUGAAGAAACCCUGUUGUUUGAAUCUUGAUAAACUUCUUGAGGAUUUUUCACAGAUAGAGAAGAAAUUUGCUGAGAUUAAUGGAAAGAAUAACCUGCUUGAAAUCCAGCUGGAGAAAUGGAGUCGAAUGUGGAAAAUUAGUCAGACAAAACAGUUGAGCUUCAGACAAGAGUACACCGCAUUACAAGGGGUCAUCAAGGGUCUGCAAGAAACUAUUGAGUUACAAUGUAACAUGAGAGAUGAAAAUGGCAACCUUAAGAAGAAAAUAAGUACCUUAGAAGAAAAGCUUCAAGAUGUUACAGAGUUUGCACAAGACAAUGUUUUGUCUUCCGGCAGCGAAGAGAAAAACUGCCAGACGGGAGAUACUCACGCACGGGUAGAGGCAGCUGAGCUGGACUUGGCUCUGGCACAUUUUGGGGCUAACCCACUCAUAACAUCAGCGUCUUCACCAGAUCCCAAAGCAGACAUGGCCCUGGCUGAUCUUUGUGAGGAAUAUAAGAAAAAUAUAGACUCACUAAUGGAUAACAUGAGAACUAAGGAAGAAAAUUUCAAGACUCAGAUACAGAAGAUCCAGCGUGAAAUGGAGGAGAAUUUAUUGAUAAAAGAAGAAGAGAAACGCAGUCUGCUGUCUACAAAGGAGAAGGAAAUAUCAGAUCUCUGGGUACAGCUGCGAAAUCAGGAGAAAGAGAAGCAAAGUGAGAUGAUCAGACAGCAAAUAGAGUUUAAUGCCAAAUUAGCAAGCAUCCAGAGCAGAAAUUCCAAAUCAUACCCAGAUACCAACAGUUUACAUCAGAAUAUCUACAGAACGAAAUUACAGCAUUUGCAAGAAGAAAAGAACAAGGAAAUUGAAAGUCUCCGCAACACUAUUAAAGACUUAGAAAGAAGGCUCAGCUGCGGAUCAGACUCCCGGCUGAAGAGGAAACGUUUCUGA